GCACUGUGAACCAGUUUGGCUCGUCUGUCAAUGGAUUUGGAUUGAGUGGCUGCGACAUGGACAUUUUCCUGGAUCUGAGUACAAUGCAUGGUAGGACCUGGGAACUCGAGCCAAUCAAGCUACCAUUUGUGCGAGACUUCAGAUUUCUGAAGGAGAAAGAAUGGGGUCCACUGAUCCCUUCUGAUCUAGACAAGAUGGGAAUGACAGACCAGUGUAAACUGAUAUCACGUAUACUGAUAGACAACUUAGAGGGUAUUCUAGAUGUACAGGUUAUCCCCAGUAACAGGUGUCCACUGGUCAGGUUCAGAUACACCAACUGUGACGUGAAGUGUGAUCUGUCUGUCAAUAACAAAUUGGCCCUUCAGAAUACAAAGUUACUAUACCUGUAUAGUGUACUCAACAGUAGAGUUAGACUACUGGUUUAUGCUAUACGAUAUUGGGGAAAGGCAAAGGGAGUUUCUGGUAACCAGAAGGCCAGCACAAAGCUGUCAAACUAUGCUCUUACAUUGAUGGUACUAAACUACCUGCAGAACUUGGAUCCUCCUGUUCUACCAACCAUCGAGAAACUGUCACAGCUACAUGGGACUGCAGCACGUACAAAGAUUGAAGGAUGGGACUGUACAUUUGCUAUGGAUUGGCAGAUUAUUCCACAGUCCAACAAUACUCAAACUGCAGCUGAGCUUCUGUCUGGAUUUUUCUCCUAUUGGAGUGCCUUCAAUUUCAUGGACAAUGUUCUAGUCACAAAAUCAGCCACAGAAAUGCCGUUCACACAGUUUUUUGAGAAGGACAACAUGCAGGACGGCAGGUUGAGGAGCUUCAAGGCAUCAGCUAUGAACAUGCAAGACCCAUUUGUGUUGAAUCACAAUAUAACACAGAAUGUGAAUGAAAAGACACGAGAUAAGAUUGUACGUGAGUUGAGAAUAGCAGCUAUAAAGACGUCAGUGUGGGGAAAUGAGGGCUUCUCUAUGACCACACCAUCUGGGGGAGGAGAUUUGAUCCAUUUGUUGAACAAUGAGGUACCAGAUAUCAUUCUACAAGAGGACCAAGAGAAACAGGAACAGAUCAUGGAAAAAGGUCGCAUGCCAGCAAGGGAAGCUGGAGAGUACGAGUUUGAGAUUGAGCUUAAACCAACUCAAAUGUCAUCUAAGUUACUGAAGCAGCUACAGAAGGGAGAGAACUACAGGGUGGAGUGGUGUAAGAAAAUAUGUGAAUUUAUUAUCAGAAUCCUCAAGGAGGUGUUAAUGUUAACUGUGGAAGAGUUGCCAGAGGCAACAGAAGAAAUUAGGCAGAAGAUGAAGGAAGAAAUGGCAAAGAAAGCUGCAGCUGAUAAGAGAAAUAAUGAAAUCAAGGAACGUCGACGACUCCGCCGGAUAGAGAAAAGGAAAGAACUGGAAGAAAAAAUAAAGAAAGAAGAGGAAGAGCUGAAUCAGAAAAUGACUGAAAGUGAAGGGGCAGCAAGUGGUGAGCCAAUGGAAGAGGGUGGAGCCAAGGAUGAAGGUGAGGCUGGGACUUCUGGUAAAGAGGCAGAGAAAGCUGGAGAGAAAAGGCCAAGACCAGUGAGCAUCUUUGACAUUAAGGUUGAGCAGCCAAAGAAGUUUAAAGGCAUGAGGAAGUACGAGUUGAACCUUGAUGAUAUGAUUGAAGAUUCGGAUGAUGGUGAAGAAAUUAUCGAGUACAAACCAGAUGAGCCAGAGCUACGGUACAAGAGAGAGUGUGAGGCCGAGGUCAACUUGCAGCAUUACAUGAGGGCUUGGUGUAUGACAUGGGCUAGAAGGAAGAAGGCCAAGAACUAUCUUGUAAACGAGGAAGGCAGGACUGAGGAGAACAUACCAAUGGAAAAGCUAAUCUCGAGUGCCAUUUGGCAGAAUGAUCGUGCUCCGUUAGCCCACCCUGUUGUAGGUUUCUACUGCUACAUGGAGUCUGUAAUGGAGGGCAAUGACACCAAAGUGAGGGUAGAGAUGGAUUGUAAGGAAGGCUCGAGGGACUUCAACACGUUCUUCCAGUUCUCCAAGAUGUACUUGUACAGGAUGAUUGAGAAAUACUUCAAAUGAGAUGGACUAUUUACAGUAACUUGGAGAUUGAUGCAAGUUCUUGAAAACAAGAAUAAGCAUGUUAAAAGAAUCUGUGAACUGUAUAUGCUUCUUACGACAGUUAUAGUUUUCACUUUUUCAUUAAUUGCAAAUUUGGUCUGUUUUGGAAACAUCAGAUUCUGGGAGGUGAAUUUAUGUUGUUAUUCUUUGAGUUUUUGUUCAAUUGUUUCUAGAACAUAAUUAUGUAGUUAUUAAAAUUUUUGAUUUAUUGUAAAUAAUUUUGUAACUGUCAUUUUCUUGGAAGUUACUUAAUACUGGCAGAGACAGUUUUUUCUGGCUUAUAUAGUACGGUUUUAGUGAUUAGGCAACCAAAGUGUGUAUUAAAAAACACCCUGUAGAUCCCUCAUUUUUAAUCAAAAAGACCAUGCUUAUACAAUCAUGUUGGAACCUUUCUCAAACAUUUGACCAGUCCUGUUUAAAGCGGCUUUUGCCAACUUUUCAUUAGUCCUGUUUGAAGCAACUUUCUCUAGUUUAAGGCAGCUUCCGCAGGCUUUUGAUCAAUCAUGUUUAUAACAACAUUGUUUAGCUUUUGGUCAGUCAGUUUGAAAUGGCUUUCUUGAACUCUUGAUCAAUUGUGCUUAAAGUAAGAUUCUCCAGCUUUUGAUCAUUCAUGAUAAAGCGGUAUGCCUC